AUGACACGACGUCGCAGGAAUACCUCAAAGCAACAAGCCAGAACGGAGCUUACAGAAGAAGCUCAGAAGACCGAUGGCUCUCCGAGUUCAUGUGCACCUAUGACACAAUACCAACAUUUCAUUCCGCGGUUUAUAUUGCGAAGAUUCCAAGUGGGACCUGUGAGGUCCAAAAGAGAACGAGAAAGAGAAUUUCAGCUCACCGGCGUUGAUCCUGAAUACGUCCACUACUAUGAUAUUGCUACGGGUAACCUUGACAUUCGUCCUAUCGGAAAGGUUUAUGGCGUACCUAAUUUCUACCAGGACAUCCGCAACACCCAAAAUAUUAACGAACUAGAGGAGAAAUUAGCGGACCUCGAACGUCAUGCAGCCUCCAUCAUCAUGGACUUGCAUAACGCGCUUCCUCAGGGUACUUUCACCCUAAAGCGGAGGUCGCUUGAGCUCCUGCGGAAGUUCCUGUUUGUCAUGCAUUAUCGCAAGGUAUCGUGCUCCAACGCCUACUUUCAAGCCGAUCACCCGGAGAAUGCAAGGAGCCGUCAGUGGAUUGAGUCCUUCAUGAAAGCGAAGGGUAUUCAAUCCGCCGUCGAGUUUUGGCUAUACGUCCUCAGAUACUACCUGGACACGUCUCAUUCAGACAUCAUGCGAGAUGCUGCAGAACUCGUAGAGAAGUACGGUGAAGAAGGUCUUCAAAAAAUGAUGACUGAAUCACAUAUCCCACCUGAUCUCGAACAUUUCCCAGCUUACACCUACCACACUCACGCGGAUAGCUACUUCUUCAGUAUCUGGGAAGCCGCAGAAGGGGAAGAAUUUAUCAUCACGCACAAUGCAUUUGGCUUGUGGGAAGGUCUGGGAGGUGGCUGCCCCGGCCUGCACCGCAUAUUCGUAGUCAGCCCUCGCAUUGCUCUCGUCCUGCGCAAUGUGAUACUGCGUCCGGAAACGAAAAAAUACAUAAAGCCGGGUGCGCUCGUGAGCUCCUUGCUCAACGUGAAUCCAGCACCACCAACUCCAAUUUACGCCAGUGGAGAACGCGGUACAUACAUCGCACACGUCAAUUUCCAAUCUGCGAUGUCACUUGCACGUUAUAGAUCCUCACAGGAAGGGGGUAAUGACAGUUUUGUGUUCAAGAUCACAAAACUGUCGCGACCCCAAACAUUGGAGUUUAAUUCCAUUUUAUUAGUCAACGUGACGAAGACGGGCUCUUUGACCUUCUUGUCAAGGGGGAGUAUGCUCCGCACCGCGCGUGCGUUC